GCGACAGGUUCAAUGUUCAGUCAAAUCAAGACAAAGGUCACGCAAAGCGUGUCCUUCCUCACACGUAAUGUGUCGUACAUGGGCAACUUGAAGCCAAACGACGGUGCCGUCGUCAGCUACAAGAGACUUGGUAGAGGUCCAGCUUCAGGAAAGGGUAAGACUUCUGGAAGAGGUCAAAAGGGUCAGAAAGCAAGAGGUAAGGUGCCUAGAUGGUUGGAAGGUGGUCAAACCCCAUACUACAAGCUUUUCCCUAUCAUAGGGUUCAAGAGACCUCACAAAAGAGUGUACUUCGAUCUUAACUUGGAGAGAAUCCAAGAGUUCUGGAACACUGGCAGAAUUCCUUUACAGGCUGGCGAGACCUUGACUAUAAGGACCAUGAAGGAGUGUGGCUUGAUCACCGGCACCAUGAAGGAUGGGGUUAAGAUUUUGGCCAACGGAAAGGAGGACUACAGCGUCCCAUUGAACAUCGAGGCAUCCAGAGCAUCGGACCAGGCCAUCCAAGCCAUCGAGAAGUUGGAAAAGUCCUACACCUCAGUAUACUUCACCAAAUUGUCAUUGGAUGCACACAUCAAUCCAGAACGUUUCUUGUUGAAGAAGGGCUACGUGCCAUUGCCUGCCAGACCUUCCCACAGAAGAGACAUCGAAUAUUACUCCAACCCAGCCAAGAGAGGAUACUUGUUGAAGGACAGAUCCUUGCUUUUGGACCAUCUCAAGAACGUCAGUGCCACCUACACCAAGGCUGAAAAGAAGUCUGCUUUGGAAAGACAAGCAGAAGUGGCAUCUCCAGCCAGAUUCAACGAGUUCCACGAGGGUAAAGUUGUUUCUGUAAACGAUCUUUAAAUAGGGUUAUCGACUUGUAUAUAAUAGAAUAACAUUGCGUAAUGACACGGA